CAACUCUUUUGUUGUUAUACUAACAACAGGUUUCAUUAAGGGUAAAUAUGUAAACACAACAAAAAAUUAAAUAAAAAAUGCUACCGCUACUAACCACUCGUCACUUUCUAGUUUUCUGAUCUAUCUUCUCUCCCACCUAUCUCAGACCCUCUCUAUACAGAUAGAUUCUUGCUGCCAUCUCCCUGCCGGAAACGCAAUUACCGACAGCAACGCCGAUGGCUUCGAUCGUCCUCUCCUCCGAUCGCAAAUCUCGCGUCGCCUCUCUUAGCGUCUCCUUCUUCGCCUGCUUCGUCUCCACUUUCGCCGCGCCUCCUCUGCUUCCGAUCAUCCGCGACAACCUCAACCUCACCGCCACCAACAUCGGGAACGCCGGCAUUGCCUCCGUCUCCGGCGCCGUAAUCGCCCGCAUCGUGAUGGGAACCACACAGCUCAUCGUGCCACUCAUCUUCACUCUAAUUCGAGACUCCAUGGGAUCCCCCAAAUUCACCGCCUGGAGGAUCGCAUUCUACGUCCCCGGCGUUUUCCAGAUGCUGACGGUGCCCCUCUGGGCCCAGGACCGGAGCGAAGCGGCGAUGAUCGGCUGGUUGAGUUGGGCGAUCCGACGGAGAGCUCUGGGCUGGUUGAUUGCUCAUCACUUUCUAAAUAUCUCUGACUGAUCGAUCGUGUUAUAGGCUAAGGGAAUUUUGUUUUGUUUUUUCCAUCUAUUUUGCAGAAUUCGAAAAAUUAUCAUAACUUGCGAAUCUGAAAUUUCUGAUUUUAUAUGGCAACGAAUUCAGCAAUGAUAUGGAAGGACUGAAUCUUUAUGGAAAUAGGCUAAAAGGAAUGGUUGAAGUUCCCGGGGGAUGCCAUCAUUCUUCCGAUUGCAUUUGGCGGUGAAGUUGGGACCCGGGGGAUGUCACUGUUUGGGGGAGGAGGAGAGGAGAUCAUCACUACUCAUCAUCAUCAUCUUGGUCUGAUAAUCAUGGGUUGACCAUGGGCGAAUGGAUGGAGCCAAUAAGCUGAUCAGGAAGAG